AUGGGUUCGGUCGAGGAUCCCACCGGCGAAUAUGCCUUCCUUGCCAAACUUGUCCCCCGCAUGGACCGACAUCUCAUCUUUCCUCUUCUUGAACAUCAACUCGGCGAAGAAGACAUUUCGCAGCAACGUUACGAUGACAUUAAACUCGCCAUUUUCAACCUUCUCAAGAAUACGAACAUGAUAGACUUUGUUGGCAACCUUUACAACGAAAUCAACAAGACCGAGUCCACACCCUCCGAGUACGCAAAGAAACGAGAAGAAGUCCUAGCCAAACUAUCGACAUUCGAAGAAGAAUCCGCACACCUCAUGAACCUCCUCAGCGAUGAAAAUGUCACCUCACAACUCCGUAGCGACAAGGUCGCCAAUUUGAAAUUCCUCGAAGAGCAACAUGGUGUCACACAGCAGAUGGUGGAUAACCUCUAUGACUUUGGUCGCUUUCGUUACGAGUGUGGUCUCUACCCCGAGGCUGCCGACCUUCUCUACCGUUUCCGAGUGCUUUCUACAGACAAUGACAAAGUCGUCAAGGCCACAUGGGGUAAGCUAGUCUGCGAGAUCUUAGGCGAAGAAUGGGAGAAUGCGUUGGAAGAGGUGGAGAAGGUCAAGGAACAUAUUGAGACCCGACUAUUCAACAACCCACGCGCACAAUUAACCGCACGAGAGUCCCUGGUGCAUUAUGCACUCUUCCCUUUUUUCAACUACGAGCCUGCCCGUGAAAAGCUCACAGAACUCUUCUUCUCUCCCCCUUAUAUCUCUUCCAUUCAGACCGUCUGUCCCUGGAUUUUGCGGUAUCUGUCGGCUGCCGUUAUCACGAACCGUGCCCGCCUCAAUAACUCCCACAACUACCAGAAACAGCUCAAAGACUUGGUUAGAAUUGUGAAACAGGAAGUAUAUGAGUACCAAGACCCGGUCACCGAGUUCGUAAAGGCUCUUUACGUUGAUUUUGAUUUCGAAGGCGCACAGAAGAAACUCAGCGAAGCAGAGAGCAUUCUCAGAGGAGAUUUCUUCCUGGGCUCAAGUGCAGAUGCGUUCAUGGAUUCUGCCCGACAUCUUAUCUCGGAACUCUACUGCAAAAUUCACCAGAGGAUCGAUAUUAAGGACCUCUCGACACGUUUGAGUCUAUCUUCCUCGGAAGGGGAGAAAUGGAUCGUGAAUCUCAUCCGUGAUACGAAAGUGGACGCAAAGAUCGACUACCAAGCCGGCACCGUAGUCAUGAACCACCCUCCUCAAUCAGUGUACCAGCAGGUGAUUGAGAAGACUAAAGGCGGCUUCUUCAGAACACAAGUUCUCAGUGCUGCUGUUGCGAAAUAG